AAAAGAGGCAACGUUUGAAACUGGGAUUAAUUUGCACACACAUAAACUGUGGGAGGAGCUUUUACACUCAUGACAUCAUUUGUUAAUGUUGAGAAACAGAUUUACUGUAUUCCCCCUGCAAGCCUGUCAGACUAUAUACAACUUAGCUACACGAAGGAGAAAACAGCUGACAUCACCACCAUGUCUCAACCGCAAGAAGAAGUGCAGCGUCCUGCGGUCAGCCGGGAGGAGCUGGCUGAGACAAAGAAUAGACUCGGUGAGGGUGGACCAGCAAAGAGCAAAACAUUUGAAGUCAUGGAAGAGUGUGAGAGAAUGGGUAAAACCGCCCCAUCCGUGUUCAGUGGCGUGAGGUCAGGAGGAGAGACGGCUUUGAACACGCGCUCAGCUCGACCCGCCGGGAAGUAAACAAUCACCACCUUUACAUUUGUGGCUCAUUGUUUGGCAAGUUUUUUUUUUUUUUUUGUUUAAAAACACACUUCAUACAUUGACUGUGAGAUCAUCAUAAGAUACAUUUGCACCAUCUAAUCAGAGUUAAAAAGAGCUGUAUUAAAGAUAAUGUUCAGAUA